AUGAGUGACAAUGAGGAAAUUCAAGGACAGGAAAAGACGGUCGAGACAAGUGGAAGUUCAGCCAGUGCAAAGGAUGAUAAGCAUGAAAGUUAUGAAAGAAUUCUCGAACUGAAACGUAACAAGAGGUAAAAAAACCCAGCAGUGACUAAAGUCCGACACAGUUUGGAAAGAUUAUGUGCAAAAAAAGGUGAGCUUGACAUUCAAUCAAUAGAAGGGCAAAUUGAAGGUUUAUGGGAGUUGCUAGAGCAAAGCAUGAGUGUUAUGGAUGAGCUCAGUCAUGCUUAUAUGCAAAUUGGUAAACAUGACAGUAAUGCAACAACGAACACAGAAGCAGAAAAUUUUGAAUCUGAAACAUUACAAGCAAUUGAAAGGGCGGAGGUUGCAAUUAACGAAUUUUUGCAAGUAAAAUCAAAACAAUCAAGUGAAUCAGUCAGUAUUGUAAACACUCAACACACACCAACAAGUCAACAGAAUUUGUUACCAGCAGAAAAUAAUACGGGAAAUAACGUUGGGGUAUCAAAACAUAAGCUUGACCCACUUAAAGUGCCUGUGUUCGAGGGUGAUAAAACACGUUUCGAGGACUUCUGGGUACUAUUCAGUAGUUUAGUGAACAAGCCAGCCAAUAUAAAAAUGGCCAGAUUGCGUCAGAGUUUAAAAGGAACUGCGCUUGAAGCGAUUCGAGGGUUGGGGGUUUCUUUGCCUGAAUACGAGGAGGCUAAGGAAAUUCUGAAGACAAAGUUUGGGGGGCGAAGGCGACAAUUGCAGGCUUAUAUGGAUCAGCUAGAGGCAAUGCCUUCCCUGAAGGGUAGUGAUGUGCAGGGCUUUGAGAAAUUUGCAGAUCUUGUCCGGAUAACCGUUGUUAAGUUGCAGGCAGAGGGUCGGGAUGGAGAGUUGGGAGAAGGUACGUUGCAUGGUUUGUUGGUCAAAAAGCUUGCAGAAAGACAGGUUGAAAGCUAUAGUCGUUGGCUUAGGGAACAUAAAAAGGAGAGGUCAGUGUUAAGCUUGAAGGCUUGGUUGAAGGAAGAGGUUAGGGUGAGAGUGGAAGCUGUGGAAAUGGUUCAUGGUGUUAAAGGUAUGGAUUUGUCGUUGAAAAGGAAUGAAGCUGGUGGGGGAAAGUUUAGAUAUGGUGAUAGAGGUCGGUCCCGUACACUAUUUGCUGGUCGUGGUGGAGUUGGUGGUAAGGAUGUGAAGCCACCUUGUGCAUUGUGUGAGGGGAACCAUGGUAUAUGGUUUUGCCAGAGGUUUCAGGAUAUAUGAAGGUUCAAGAUAGAUGGAAUAUAGCUAAAGUUAAGCACUUGUGCUUUCGCUGUCUUGGGAGUGACCACCAGGGAAAGGCAUGCCUUAGGUCCAAAGCCUGUAAGACUGAUGGUUGUACAAAGAAUCACCAUGCCCUGCUGAAUGAUUCUGCCCCACCAGUUAAACGCCCAGAGGACAAGAAUCCAGUUGUUCCACGGGAGGGGGAAACUGAUUCCCGCACACAUACCACAAUGCAUGAUACCCCAGCCACUGAAGCACUCUCACUACGAACAAUUCCAAUAUGGUUAAAAGCGAACAAUCGAAAGGUGAAAGUUAAUGCGCUACUCGAUGAUGCAUCAAACGAGACAUUCCUUAAUGCUGAGGUUGCAGGAGUGUUGGACAUUCAAGAACCAUUGCAAACAGUGAAAGUACACGUCCUGAAUGACGAGAUUGAAACAUUUGAGUUAAUGCCAGUAAAUGUUACUAUUGAGAGUGUCGACGGACAGUUUUGUAAGAACAUUAGUGUGAAGACCUGUCCUCGAAAGGUUACGGGAAAUUACAAGGUGGAAGACUGGAGUGUUAGCAAGGAAAGAUGGGAACAUUUAACACGAUGUGAUUUUGCAAAGCCGGCCAAAGGUGGGAUGGUGGAUUUGCUUAUUGGAACAGAUAACGUAGAUUUACACUACUCCAGAACUGACAUCCGUGGGAAACCUGGAGCCCCGAUUGCUCGGUUGGGUCCAUUCGGGUGGACUUGUAUCGGAACACCAGAUCGUGAGGAUGCUUCACAGUCAAGGACACAUGUCAUACGAACUCUGUUGACUAGGGAUUCUACACAGAAAUCCGAGGAGGGAACGUGUUGUGAAGUGGAUCGUAGUAUUAAACGCUUCUGGGAGGUGGAAAAUUAUGAUACUGAUGGUAAUGGUGCGAAAGUGUAUACGGAAGAGGAGCAGUUGGUAUUAAAAAAGAUGGGAUCAUCGAUAAGCUAUGACGGCACUCGGUACAAGAUAGGAGUUCCGUGGAAGGAGAACCGACCUAAACUGAAAGAUAAUUAUGAAGAAGCGUCCGCUCGUCUGUGCAAUACGGAGAAAAAGUUAAGGAAGGACAAAUUUCUGGGAACGGAAUAUCAGAAAACAAUCGAAGCGUACAUUGAAAAAGGGUACCUACGCCGUGUCAAGAGUGAGGAAGAGCUUCCAUCCGAAGUGUGGUACCUUCCACACUUUCCUGUCGUAAGGAUGAACAAGACCACCACGAAAGUGCGCAUUGUUUUGACUGUUCAGCGAAGUGUAACGGAGUCGCGUUAAACGAUGUCAUCCACGCAGGACCUAAGCUACAAAAGGAAUUGAUUGAUGUACUUAUUCGUUUUCGUCGCAAACCUGUGGCGGUGGCGUGCGAUGUUAGAGAAAUGUACCUUCAAGUUGAGUUAGAAGAGUGCGAUCGUCCGAUGUUCCGGCUGUUGUGGCGUGACCUGGACAGUAACCGAGAACCAGACGUCUACGAAUUCAAUCGUGUAGUGUUUGGAAAAAACUCUGCGCCGAUGGAAUCGCAAUUCGUGGCCCAAGAAAACGCUAGAAGACAUCAAGAGACGUACUCUAUGGCUGCUGAGACCGUGCUGAAGUCCACGUAUAUGGACGACUCUAUCGAUAGUGUGGAGACGGACGACGAGGGCAUUGAGUUAUACCAGCAACUGAGAGAUCUUUGGAAUUUAGCCAGUAUGCAAGCGCGGAAGUGGAUCUCAAAUUCCCCAGCGGUUAUCGCAUCAACACCAAAGGAAGAGCGAGCAACUGAAUUAUCGAUAAGUGACAGCCCAACUUCAGCCGUCAAAACUCUUGGGCUCUUCUGGCAUAGCAGCGACGACCUGUUAACAAUAUCUUCACCUGGGUGUUCAUCAGAAGUGUUGCUGACUAAGCGGAACGUAUUGAACACAAUUGCAACAGUUUUUGAUCCGCUUGGUCUGAUCAGUCCAUUUGUGGUUAUAGCAAAAAUCCUUCUACAGGAGCUGUGGUCAAGGGUAUAUGACUGGGACGACGUCAUCGCAGACGAAGUUGCCGAUAAGAUCAAGAUGUGGUUUCGACAGCUGUUAGAUCUGGAGAACGUGCGUGUACCAAGGUGUUUACGCGAAGCUAAGACAGUCCUGAGUCAAUCUGUGAUCACAUUCGUCGACGCUUCCCUUAAGGCUUAUGGAGCAGUCGUCUACUUAAAGUGUGAAUACGAAGAUACCACCACUAGCUGUCGGAUGAUCGCGUCCAAAACGAAGGUUGCACCAUUGAAGCCAAUGACGGUUCCAAGGCUAGAGUUGAUGGGCGCUAUACUAGGUUUGCGAUUAACACAGCGUCUCAUUCCGAUUCUUGAAAUAGCGAUGAGUAUGGUGACGUUUUACUCGGACAGCACAGAUGUUUUGUGGUGGAUUAGAGGCCACGGACGAGAUUUUCGGUCAUUCAUCGCAAACCGCAUUGGGGAAAUACAAAUGUCGAAGUUUGCUUAACACUGAAAAUACAAAUGUCGAAGUUUGCUUAACAUUGGGGAAUUACAAAUGUCGAAGUUUGCUUAACACUGAAAAUACUUGAUCAUUGUUAGUUUGCGUAAUUGAAACCUUUUGUCAGUGUUAAUGAGAUAAUCAGUGUAACUCGUAUGAUUACUGCUUACUGGAAUCCCAAUCGAAGACAGGAAGGCAAACAAGAAGUCAACAGUCUGGAGGCUUGAUCCUAAACGGUAUUCCAACUGGACACGAUUGGUACGCGUGCUCGGGAGAGUUAGAAGAUUUAUCCAUAACACGCGAAAUUCGGAGACACGUGUGAGCGACCAGGAGCUGCUUCCCGAGGAGUUACGUGACGCGGAAGAAAGCAUCAUUUGUCGUGCACAACAAGACGCGUUUAGAGACGAGUACAAAGCCCUAAAGACCAGAAAACAAAUGCCACCCAAGAGUACGUUGCUGAAACUAAAUCCUCGGCUGGAUGAACAAGGACUGAUUCGUUCGGACAGUCGACUACGAUUUGCGGAAUUCCUUCCGUACGACAUCAGAUUCCCGAUAAUCUUGCCAAGGGGACACUGGGUGACUAAACUGAUAGUCAGACAUUUCCACGAGCUAUCGAAUCACACUGCCGGUACAAACUUCGUCCUAUCACAGUUAAACCACCGAUAUUGGAUCCCAGCAGCGAGGGAGGAAAUCCUGGAAUGGGAGAACGAAUGCAACACGUGUAAGAAGAAAAAGAACAAAGGCGGUGCCCAAAUAAUUAUGGGACCUCUUCCGCCGAGCCUACUUCGCCUCACCUAUCGCGCAUUUGACCAAACGGCAGUUGAUUAUGCUGGGCCUUUCCAGACGAUACAAGGACGAGGCAAAACGAGGAACAAGCGUUGGUUAUGUGUGUUUACUUGCAUGUCCACGCAAGCGGUACAUCUCGAAGUCGUUUGGGGCCUGGACACAGAUAGCUUCCUUAACGCAUUUACUAGAUUUACAAGCAGACGGGGAAUUCCGAAAGAAAUGCUGAGUGAUAAUGGUACUAAUUUCGUGGGCGCCGUCAACGAGCUGAAAGAACUUGUGUGCCAACUUGACAAGGACAAAAUCAAGAGAAACGCAACCAACGUAAGUGUCAAAUGGAACUUUAAUCCUCCAGCAGCUCCACAUUUUUGGGGCGUCUUUGAGAUCAUGGUGAAGGCUACGAAAAAAGCCGUGUAUGCAGUUAUGGGUAACAGUGAUGUGACGGAUGAAGAGCUGGUGACGAUAUGUACCGGGGUAGAAGGCCUACUAAAUUCAAGACCCCUGACAUACCAAUCCACGGACCCUAGAGAUGAUGUUCCAUUAACGCCCAACCAUUUCAUUCACGGUCAAAUGGGGGGAAACUUCGCGCCAGAAAAUGUGGAUACUACGCAGUUCAACCCUCGCAAGCGAUGGAGGAAAGUGCAGGAGCUGAUCUCCCGAGUGUGCGACAGAUGGUUAAAAGAGUUCUUGCCAAUGUUGACACCCAGAUCGAAAUGGAACCAAGUCGUGAAAGAAUUGAAGAAAGGCGAUGUGGUCUUGGCGCUCCAAAAGGAUCUACCGCGAGGGCGAUGGCCACUUGGAAGAAUCGUAGAAACCUAUCCUGAACGAGACGGCCAUACGAGAGUGGCCAAAGUACAAUGUGGAAACAAAACGAUAGUGAGACCAAUUCAUAAAUUGAUUCCGCUUUAGAACGUGUUAACGACAUUGAACUAUAAAUAGUUGACAUUUUUUAGUUGUUCGCACCUCGUCGCCUUAGUGCGGGGAGGGGGAAUGUUCAGAAGGCGCUGGAAUAGUGCGAGAGAUUUGCGUGGCAGUCGUCACGCGCGGAACUGUCCUCGUGAAAAACCGGUUCAACCGGGUUCUGGGGAAUUUACUUUGUUGUUGUUUUAUCGAGGAUUUUGAUCGGGCGAUUAUUUCGAAAAGAACAUUUAAUAUUAUAUCCUUACUAUUUUUUGUAAACCAUUAUUUUAAAUACAUUUUAUUGAAAACUUAACGAGUUCUACCAAUAUCGUGGCUACAACGUUCAUGAAACGUGAAUUUAUUCAAGCAAUGCGCUCAUACAACUUUUAUAUAACGACAUAUGUUUAUUGCAGCGAAACGUUCAUACAUGAAAAUACAUACAUAUAAAUACAUAAAUCAUAAUAUAAUAUAAUAUAAUAUUAUUUAAUAAAGAUAAAGAAUUGAUAGAAUACAACUUUAUUUGAACAAAGGUAAUAUAGAGAUUGUAGAAGCUAAAGUGAAUUUUGUCGCGCGAACAGACUAUAUACUCUUUUGUCUUAUGAGCUGUCUGCUUAGUCAGCCGGAGCUUAAUAUGUAAAAUUACCUAUGUAAAGUCUUUUAAAUUUUAACCAUAUAAAUGUCGUUUCGCGCGAAGAAAUUCGCUGGUGGAAAACUGGCAUAAAAGAACGUUAUACUUUCGUUCAACAGACUCGAGUCACUCUCUAUUUUGGCCAUCUUCACCUGCAGACGCAUCAGCGGUUUUCUAAAAGUGCAAACAAUUUGCAUGUUAGAAACAGGUAAGCUACUUCACUGACUAAAAGGAUUCGAUCGUGCUCUGAAAUAUAAAAGUCGAUCAAAUUUUCCAAUACACUCUACAUAGCUAUUGGUGUUUGUGUUGGACAAGAUUCAAUGGAACGAAAUCAUAAACGAUUGUGUAACAACAGCCAUACGUUAUUUAGCAUCUUGGAAGAAAAUUAUUCAGACUCAUUGGCAAAAUGUCAUGUCAAAUUCUCAUGUUACAGGAAUAUUUAUGAUCAAAAACGAGUCGACUAUAAAAAGAUGCGGCAAACAUGUUGAAUGUAUAUAGAAAUUUACCCUGCAGUUCAAAUACGAUAAUAUUUAGAUUAAGAAUCCAUUUUAUCGUAAUCCAAUGUAUGAACUAUUUACCGGUUUUUAGGACAUGGCCUUUAAAAAAAAUGCAUCAUGUUGUGACCAUGGUUUAAAAUGUCUUGUUUAUUAAAAGAAAAUAUCAAAGGUCAACUGACAAGACAGCAAUACAGUAAAAACAUAUAAACAAACAGCUAAAUAUGUACUUACAUUCGCACUAUAAAGUCGUGGCGUUCCGCGUUCGUAUGAUACGAUUUACUGGUAUAUGCAACAACGUCAACAACAAACCGUCGGAAGGACUACAUGAGAGGAGAUAAUCAAAUGUUAGAAAACCUUGAGUCACAGUUAAUAAGCAAAUUUACAUUAUAAGAGGUAUUUUCUGUUAAACAAAAAACUAUACGCUCAGCGAACAACGUGCGCAAAUAAACACAUUGCAAUUUGAGAAUAGAAUAAAUUACGCACAAUUCGGCUCAGUCGAUAUGUGAACAACGUUCUAAUUACGUUAUUUGAAGGUUAGGUCGGACCUAACCAAACCAAACCACAACCAAUUUAAAACGUUGUGCUUACGUACUGUGCUAGCUGGAAAUCGUUUUUUUGUUAAAGGUAGACUGGUUAAUAGAAAUUGGUCUUUUUGGGUGACAUAAUCGUUUGUCGUCAUCGAUCCGUGUCGUUAAACAAUGAAAAAAGUUGUCGUGAAAUUAGAGAAUAUAAAAUUGCAGUUUGUGAGAAAACUGCAGGUCUACGGAGCGGGAAUUUUCCAGAUUUGAACUCAGCGUGUUCGAAUGUGUUAGUUCCGGUAAAACUAUUUCAGUUCUAAGAUGGGUGAAAUGAAAGUGAACAAUCUCGGGACGCAGCCAGCGGCCUAUGUGCGUGAAUAAGUUACUAUCGUGUCAGGUCCUGUUCAAUUAAAAUAGUAAAAAAUGCUUGGUAUACUGGUAACUAUCUAGCUAUCUAGCUAUCUACCUAAAUCCCUGCCUGCCUAUCCAGCUACUUACCUACCUACCUACCUACCUACCUACCUACCUACCUACCUAGCUACCUGCCAAUUCACCUACCAAUCUACCUCCAUACGUAUCUGCUCUACUAUUUAUCUACAUGUCUAUCUACCUACAUAGCAGUACCUAUACACUUAACUAGCUACACGUUUUUUUCAAGGUGUUUGUUUUUAGCACUUGUAAUGCGAUAGACAAGUGGGGUUGGACUGCUGAAGGAUCACUACAGUACAAGGGGAAAAUGUGUCUUAAACCUGAAACGGGAGAGGCGAAUCCAAAUAAUGAUGUUAUUCUCGUGCUUGACUCAACCUGUAAUGACUCACAAAACGUGUUCGAGUUUGUGCCCAGUGAGUAUAGUUUAAAGCUUUAUUUAUUAAGCAGUAAAGAAACUUAUGGGGUGAUGGAAUUGUGUAUGCAAUCCAGACGCCAAGGGGAAGAAGUUAUUUUUAUAUUUGUAAAGUAAUAUUGCAAAGUUAUAGCAAGCCAAUGUAACAAUUAGUCAUCGAAGAAGAUUACAUUCCUUUUUCACUGAGCAAUGGGAAAGUAUAAAGUAAAAUAAUAAUGACUAUUUAAGUCAAUGUUUUAGUACGUAGAAAGUAAACGCUAUAAUUUACUCCUAAAAUUAUCUUGUUCAUUAUGAAGAAAAAGUGCAUUUGUGAAUAUCUGGUGGAAAUAAUCAUGUACUUAAUUUGAACUUCUAUUAUUGCAUUGUAUUUUCCAGUUACCAUUUUAUUAUUAAAAAAUUAUUGCAUUAGAAUAUUCUCUUCAUAUACAGUAGAAAAAGAUACAAUAUUUAACAAUUGUUGAAUGACGUUGACCAUGAUAUGAAGAAUUGUCAAGCCAGAAGUGUCGUAUCAACCGAAGCCGAAGACUGGGUUGAUAAGAGAAACUAAGAGCUUAACAAUUUUUCAUGUCUUGCAAAAAAUGUUCUGAAAUCAUGUUCAGAAAACCGUUUCGAAAAUGAUACUCCCAGCUGUAAUUUGGAGCUACCACUUUUUGAACGCUCAAUUGUCACAACUGAGAUUGUAAGAGAAGCAAAGGUCACGUAAUAAUUUUGAAUAAGAAGCUUAUUGUCAUGUUCCACGUAAGAAAGAAACUUGAAUAUAUUCUGCUGUUUAUGUCCUUACUAACUUUGUUAGCGUAAUCUUAACAAUAUUAUAAUACAUUUUCUUAACCUCUUUGGCAUCGGGAGCUUUCUACCCUGAAACACGUUGAAUCUAUACACUGAUAAAUGCAUGUAUAUGAUUUCCCUGUCAACAUUUUUGUCAUCACCUUGACAAUCAUCAACAUAAUAACCAUCAUUUUCAUCACCAAAAAUUACUAUCAUACCAAAAAAUUUUAAAAAAAACAUCAGUUACUGUUUUGCGAUAACAUAUCUUGCUUGAAGUUUCCAAAUGUUGUAAUUUCUAUUCAAGCCUUUCUAGCAAACAAGAACCAAGGUCCCGGCUCAAUAGAACAUACCGGAAAGAAAUGCAUUCAUGUUUUCCGGGCCGCUUAUGAUAGACCAAAUAAUGGACAACCCAUUGUUGUAUACCAAGGAUGUGGAGAAGAACAAACUGAGUUCCAGCUAUGGCCAAAUGGAUCUUUGAUGCUCACAAGACAUGGCAUGUGCGUAAAACCUAACGGUACUGGACAUGUGACAAAUGGAAUUCGGGUUAGUAAAUUAGGCUUGAGCUUAUAAGGAUAUGCUAAUUAAAACUGAGCGAAAAGCAGCAAAUUUGGUGCGAACUGUAUUUUCACUGAGUACUUUAACUACUUAAAUACAAACCUCACUUGCUACCUACAUGAUUACUUUCCUAUCUACCUAUCUACCUACCUUCUACCUGCUUGUCUUCCUGGCUCUCUGCCUACCUACCUACUUACCUACCUACCUACCUACCUACCUACCUACCUACCUAUCUACCUACCUACCUACCUACCUACCUACCUACCUACCUACCUACCUACCUACCUACCUACCUACCUACCUAGACCCUACCUACCUACCCACCUUCCUACCUAACUACCUACUUACAUACUACCUCGCUGCUUGCCUGUCUGCAUAUCCUUCCCUCCCUCCCCCCUAACUACCUACCCAUCUUCCUACCUAAGUUCCUACCUACCUACCCACCUUCCUACCUAACUACCUAACUACCUACCUGCAUACUACUUCGCUGCCUGCCUUCUUCCUUCCCUCCCUCCCUCCCUCCCUUCCUCCCUGCCUGCCUGCUUACCUGCCUGCCUGCCUACCUACCUGCCUGUCUGUCAGCAUUCUUGCCUGCUUGCCUGGUUAUCUGCCUACUUACCUACAUAAUUAUCUAGACAGCUACCGGCAUACGCCCUAACUACCUGCAUGCCUAUCUAAAUACAUACACAACCACCGGUGAUACAUACACACCUAUCUGCUUUUCUACACAUACCUAUUUACUACCCUACUUGCCCUAUCUUCCUAACUACUUGCUUUUUAAGGUGGGAGUUUUUAGUACUUGUAAUGAGGCAGAUAAAUGGAGUUGGACUUCAAAAGGAUCACUGCAGUACGAGAAGAAAAUGUGUCUUAAGCCUGAGACUGGAGGGUCGAGUCCAGAUAAUGAUGUUAUGCUUGUGCUUGACUUAGCCUGUAAUGAGUCACAAAAUUUCUUUGCGUUUGAGCCCAGUAAGUAUCACUUGGUACUAAAUGUAAAUGAACACUCCAGUAAAUUGUCAGUUGCGAUGUAAAUGAUUAUGUGUUUUACGUAGAAAAGGAACGUAGUUGUCACAUAUUUUUAACGUAUUUCAUUUAUCUAGCUUGGGAAACAAUUUUCGUCAAUUUUUGUUUUUCCUUUAGGUCCAGAAAGUGCAAUCCUUAUUUAAUAUAUUUUACUAAGUUGAUAAAACCUUUUAUAUUUUAUCUAAUAUUUUAUCUAAUAUUUUAUCUCUUUAAGUUGGAUAGCUCUUUCACUUUCUUACCCUUAUUUGUGCAAGUUUAUAAACGAUUGAUACUCUAGAAGCAUGAUAUUUUUAUAAAAUGAUCGAUGAUUUUUAAUGUCACCUGGUGUGAUAAUUUACACAGCAUAUCAAAAAGAAUCCGCCAACAUAAUUGAUUGUUAAGAAAUGGUAAAGCCUUUAUCCCAUAAAGGCUCGACUUACCAUCUGCAUGCAAUGGUCGCAUCGUCCACCUAUUCGGGUAGGCAGAGGUUAUAUGAAGUAACAAGAAUAACACUUCCCUUAAGGACCAACAGCAACUUCUUUCAAAUAAAGCUGCGAAGACCAUUCUUGACGCUGAGGGCCUCUUGAAACGACAUUGACAUCCACUUAUCUGCAGGCGUUAUUUCCACCAAAUCUGACUAUUUACAAAUUGAAAAAACUUAACAAAGUUUAAUUUCGAAUUAUCUAAAACAAACCAGUUAGCCUAUGUUCGACAAUCUUUAAGGAUAAAUUUCUCUCUCAGUCUAGUCUACUGUCUGAACUUGUCUAAACCGUGUAGACACAAUUUAAGUGUUUACAAAAAAUUUGUUUCGUUUAAUUUAAAUGCAGUAAAACUAAUAUCUUCUAAUUAUAUUUGCAUCUUUUAUAUUCUAUUUUUUUUUUUAUAAUUUAAUAGGAUUUAGGUCAUUAAUUAUUUUUAAAUAGUCAAAUGUAAUCUAAUGCAUAGUAGAAUAUAUUAAUUAAAUAAUAAACUAUUUCAACCUUCUGGUAGCAAGGUUUAAAUUUUUAAUUAAAAGACAAAUUAAUUCCUUAUUUUUUAGUGUUACUACCGAGUACGUGCAAACAAACUUUGGCUGAUUGCUUGAAUCAAACUGAAACAAUCUUUUCACAUACUAGAUGGAGCACUGAUCUUACGUAGCAUAGGCGAAAUAAUUACUAUACCACACAUACAUUUUGCUCAAGAUACCGGUAACCUCUUUCAAUCUGUUAGCUCCUACAUUCGCGGCUUAAUGAACAUCAUCUCUCUCAUUUUAGCACUUGGUUGGUAUAAUUACAUCAAUACCGAGUUAAGGCAGCCAAACGACAAAGCUCGAUUGAUUUCGCCAUCUACAACAAAAACGAAUUCCUGUCUCCACUUCUCUUACCACAUGUAUGGCCCUGACGUGGGUAAACUUCAGGUACUGAUUUAUUUGUUAUUAUUUACCUACUUUAUUAGUAUCAGGUAUGAUGAAACCAAUUUGCUCAACAUACAUGGCAUGCAUAGUGUCAUACAUUAAAGCCUGGUUCACAUUGAUCGGCGAUGUUCUACGAUCCAUUGUCUGUGAUCUACGAAGAAGAAAAUGCGCCAAACAUUUUGGGCAUCGCCGAUGUUUACGAUCCAUGUGAACCAGGCUUAACAUUCCUUGUUCUUUCCAUAACAAUGUUAAGAAUUUUGAUUCUAUAGAUAAUAGCAUGGUUUCGAGUGCAAUUUGGAUAUAACAUGCACGAGUGAGUUUUUCAAAGACCUCAAAUUAGCACGAGUCCGAAGGACGAGUGCUAUUUGAGGUCUUUGAAAAACUCACGAAUGCAUGUUUAUCCAAAUUUCACGAGAAACCAUGCUAUUACUUAAUAUAUUAAUAAUUUACAUAAAAAUGUUCGAAAUAAUUGUAGUUUUACUUACGUUUAUAGUGAAUAUUCCACUGGCAAAAUUUUCCUGGCUUUGUUUUAUUACAUUAUACAACGCUAACAGCUUGAAAAUUCCACUCAACAGUGUGAGUUUUGUUAGUUUUGUAAAAAGGUAAUGGCUUUUCCAUUUAAAAAUAAAGAUAAGAGCCAUAUUUUCCACGAGAAGUCAACUUUUACUUUAUGUAGUGCGGCGCCAUCUUUGUUUUCUUUUGAAGCCAUCUGUCACCGUUAUACUUCUUUAAUCUAAACUGCUUUAUUAAACUGAUUGGUUAAUUUUACCAUCACAAUGUUUUUCCACUAAUCAGAUCAGUUUGUUACAGAUUCUUGCACUGUUGUUACAGAUUUUUGCACUGCUGUUUCGGAUUAAGCGUACUGAAACCAACCAAUCACAGUCAAGUAACAUUUCGUUAUAUAUUAUCACAGAGUAGAUAAUACAUACAGAGACGUAACUGAUCGUUGUAAACACUGCGGAAGAUUACGUUAUCAUGUACCCACUUUUUUUCAGGCGACCGGGCAAAAAAUGAUCAACUGCGCGUGCUCAGCAACUUUAAAGUGAGUCGUCAUCAGGUCGUUAUCCAAUCAGAUGCAUGCAUCUAGUAACUUGCCGAGCAUGCGCAUAAAAAAAGUGGGUACACUAGUUACGUCUCUGUAUGUCUCUACUCUGUGAUAUUAUUAUAUCCGUUACAAAGUGACGCAAUCUGAUUGGUUUCAUAAUUGCACUAACCAGGAGUGCAAUUAAUGUUUGAAAAAAAUAAUAUGGCGACACUCUUUGUAAAUACAAACGAUUCUAUGCAUUCACUGACUUAGAACAAAAGCUGAAAAUGAAAAUAUAAAGAGAAAAAGCGGUGAACUAAAACUCUCUUGGUGAACUUCCAUAUUUUGAACUUGAAUAAUUUUUUGUUGAUUAUGACAAAUUCGCUGUUUUGCUUGGGUAUUUCAAAUAGACAUUCGAACUUCACAUCAAUCGUAAACCAGUUAUUGUUAAGGACGUCCAUUAUUUAGAAGUCAAUUAUUUAGAAGUCGAUUAUUUAGAAGUUUGGAUAAACGAGUUAUUGUAUAUUUUAACCGUGUUUUAACUGUUAAAAGUGUUAAACUAAAUUCUUCAUUCCCGUGACAUCAAUACUCGAGGGUAGUUGUAAUUUAGUUAUGCAUAAUCUACAAUAAUUUUCAACACACAAUCAUUACUCAUUUUUCAAAAAUUACCAGUAGUGUUAAUCAUUAAUUUUACUCCUUCCCGUGUCAUUACCUGUAAAAAUUGUACUUCAUGCCAGUAUAAAGAUGAAUUAGUCAGGAGUAGGGCUUCAAUGUGCCUGAUUCAACAAAGAAAUCUGGGUAGUUUCUUAUGAUUACGUCCAAUAUUGUGGCAGUAUUGCAUGUCACACGAGUUGGUUCUUUAAUUAUCUGCGACAGGGCAUUGUGCUAGAGCCACCGUCUAAAACGAUUUCCGAUAAUAGCGUUAGGUGAUACAUUAUCAUCGAAAUGCGCGUUCAAGUCAGCAAUAAUCACUACCAAUGUCUCGGGAUUCAGUCUUAAUUUAUCUAAAGUGCAUUGUAGCAAGUCCAAAAAAACCCCACUGUUUCUUGCAAAGAAUUAUUUAGUGAUCUAUAACAAACUCCACAUACCAUAGUAAGACCAUGCAUCUUGAUCUCAACCCAAAGUAACUCCAGAUCAUUUUCCAGAUCAGAACGUCAUUUAAAAGCAAAUGCUUGCUUUACGUAUAAAGCAACUCCGUCACCGCGGCAGUAUAAACGAUAUUUUCUUAUUAAGGAAUGGUAUUCUGAAAUAUGCAAUGUCUCAUUGUGAAUUCGUUUGUCAAGCCAUGUUUCUGACACUGCAAAUAAAUCAAAGCUUUCGUUCAAAAUAUGUGAAGAAAUUUCAUCAAAUUUAUUUUCUAUCGCGAGACUUCUGGCAUUAAUAUGUCGUAGAGUUAGUUGUGAUCGCUUCGGUCCAGGAUUUUGUUGAAUAUCACCAGCCUAUAAACAGCAUUAACUGCAAGCAAACUGAGACUAACAUACCGCAGAUCAGAAUGCAUAAAUCUAACAAUAUCAAACAUGUAGCCCAUAUUUCUGAUAAUAUAUAUACAUGUCUUAUAUUCAUUCUUUAAGUUCUUUAAAUUAUUAAAUAAACCUAUAGCUGCUCGGUCGUGAUUGUUAGAGGGUAAUAAAGGCCCUGAAUAAAUAAAUAAAUAAUUAAAAUGUUUUCCCUAAAGAUCUGUUUCAUGAAGGAUCAACUUUAUACCAAAUAAAACACUAGACGAUUCAAGUUGAAUGCGAAGAGCUAGUAAAUCUGGAUAUUAACAAUUACACAAAUUUCAGAGUCGUAAUUACAUUCAGGCAUUUUAAUAAAAAAUCAAAUUAUCUUGGAUCGCUCUAAUUUGGCUACAUUUAACUGUAAUUUCGCCUUUCAAAAAAUCGAUGAUUUUGAACAUUUUGAAAAACAAUAGCAAACCAAAGUUUCAAAACUGGUUAAUUUAACAACGAACGUACUUUUGAACUUCAACUACGUGCGGUUUAAAAAAUACUGAUGUCAUUCUUCUCAAGAUAGGCACUCAACAAUGAUUUCGCUGCCUUGUGUCAAAAAAACAAAGAACUUUCCAAGCACGCGACACGGGAAUGACAUCUUACUAAAUCAACUUCAAAUUCUACUAAUAACUGUAGGGGCCUCCUUGCAUGAGUUCCAUUGUAUACAGUAUAUUGCGAAUGUGUUUGAAAUGGCCAAACUAAGAAAACUCGAAAGUAUACGUUCGCGUCAGGUUCCAGAUACGGUUCGCUAACAUUUUGAGUGAAGGGGGCUUCGGCGUCGGGUUGUGCACAAAGCACCACUGAUGACGUCACACAAUAUAAUUUUAUAUCAAUUACACAUGCUUAUAAUCCAUUUAAACGAGUGUAGCUCAAUGAUUAUUAGAGUUUUAAGAAAAUUGUAAAUAUAUAUAUAUAUAUAUAUAUAUAUAUAUAUAUAUAUAUAUAUAUAUAUAUAUAUAUAUAUAUAAAUCGCCUGAAGAUCGACCAGACAAGAUCGUGAAACUCAGAGUAGCGAAAAAACAUUGUUAUUUUAUACGAUACACUACAUUACUGGAAGUGCACGUCAAAGAUUUUAAAAUUAGAAAUAUCCUUCCAGUGGCAGCUGCACGAAAGGAAUUGCCAAAAAUCAAAAAGUUCUUACAACUAUCACGGCGCUUGGCAUCACAUUUGUAGCAGCCUUCACCUUCCAGUUUAUUAGGCUUAUAUGGGUUAGAUGGUGCUAAUAACUCCUUCAAAUUGGCAUUACGCUUAUACGAAACAAGAAUGGCACUCUCCGGUAGAAUUUUUUUAGCCUGUUCAUCACUAUCUAAAACAGAGCGAUGUUUACGAAAAAAUUUUCGAAUAUCAGGAGCACUAGGAUUAAACUUGGUAACAAAAACACAGGAAUUCCGACGAACUUUACGUCUACUGGUACGCGCUUCCUCACGAGUCAUAGCACCAACCACCUCAAAGGCUCUAUUGACAUGUGCACUGUCGUGGCCGCAAUCCGUAAGAUAUUUUAUAUAAAUCCUACUUUUUUCCAAAAAUCAGCGUCCCUAGAACAUAUGCGACGCAAUCUCAAUGCCACUCCUUUGGCAAUACCCAAAAUUUGAGAUUUUGGGUGCGACGAAUUGGCAUUGAGAUACAAGUGUGUGUCCGUAGGCUUACUAUAAACUGUAGUUUCCAUACGAUUAUUAACUAUGGAAAUCAAAAGAUCGAGAAAAUGCAAACUACGCCCACCCACAUCCAUAGUAAACUGUAGAUGCGGGUCGAAUGUGUUGAGAUCCUGAAAAAACGCUUGAAGCCGUUCCAUGGUAACCCGCCAUAACACAAUAGUACCAUCUCGAAAUCUAAACCAACAUCUCAGUUCAGGAUAAAUAGAACGAGAUUCUAGAACUUUUUUAUCUAUCUCUUCUGCGACAAUAUCGGCAUAUGAACAGGAAUUCUUAGGUCCCAUAGCAGUACCAUUUUCCUGCAGCCAAUAUUGCCCUCGAUACAUGGAACAGUUUUUCUUCAAGCAGAUUUCCAAAGCUUCAAUAACACACUCAAUAGGCACAUCGAAAGCCUCAGCAUAUUGCGAAAGUUUACAACGUACUCGCUCUAUUCCCGUCUGAUUGUCUAUAGACGGGAACAUAUUAGUGAUAUCAAAACUAACUAAGAGAUCCUCAUCCGAUAGUCCCGUUAAAUUAAGCUCAUCUAGCAUAUGUGUGGUAUCUCGGACGCGACAAGAAAUAGAAUCUAAAGCUAUUUUACAAUAUUUUUCAACGAACAAAGAUAAAUUCUCUGUGGGCGUACUACAUCCCGAGGUAAUGACCAGUGCGGGAUUGUCAACUUUGUGAGUUUUAAUCAAAGGGUAAUUAAUACCUGGAUGUGUGUUAUUAGUGUUAGUAAUGAACUUAAUCUACUUAGCAGACAAACCAUAGGUUGCCAUUUGUUUAUCCAUUGUUCAAUCACUAAACCAGUCUCAGGCGAUGGAUCGUAGCCUACGUUUUUAAAACAACCACGCUCCAUCUGUUCUUUAACCUUAUCAGCAUCAAGUUUAUUAUCCAGAAAUACAAAAUUGUUACUCUUGUCUUAUUUAAUCUUCUUGUAAUCUCACUAUAAGAUCUCGUUCUUCAAAAGGAGUGGAACGAAACUUUUUUAGGGCUGUCCGUUCUUCCACUGAUAGAUUAUCGCUUACCUCUUUUGCUGCUGAUUUAGCAAACAAGUCCUUUUCCACUCUUGACAAAAAUACUUCAAUAGUUGGAACAUUGGCCAAAGGUGGUUUCUUUACAGAUUUCUGAUACGAUGGCUCGAGUGGGUCAAUUGCAAAUUCGGGACCAUCAAGUGCUUUCUCUGGUGUGUAAAACCAUGUACGCCAUCUAACUUUUUUCUUAAAAUCAAUCCAAUUUAAUUGCAGUCCAUUCCAGUCAAUGCCAGUAGGUGUAGGCACAAAGGAAGGACCACGACCGCACAAUUGAACUAAAGAUUGUUCUAUAUUCUUAUUUGUAAGGUUGACUGGCUGAUAUCCAUGCGGUCUGUUUAUUGGCUCUGAAGUUAAGCCGAAUGCAGCCGAAAAUUUAUGCUGCCGCCAUGCAGCCGAUGCAGCCGAAAAUUUAGUUUUUGUAUCUAAUAUACCUUUUUUUUUUUUAGUAAACUUCUUCAAACGUAGCCGUUCUGUUUGUUACAUAUAUAUAUAUAUAUAUAUAUAUAUAUAUAUAUAUAUAUAUAUAUAUAUAUAUAUAUAUAUAUAUAUAUAUAUAUAUAUGCUGUUGGGGCGACCAGUGGAAUACAUGAUAGUUUUGGAGUUGAAGCUGGUCUAAAAUUCUUUUUAAAAUACUAGAAUAUGUACAAUAAAAAGUCUAAAAAGUUCUAAAUUUUCGGUUGCUAACUGCAACCUUCAUCAGAGUACUAAGAGCAGUUCGGAUAGUUCAAGGUUUUAAAUAUCGUCAUUAUUGCCACAUGAUUGCACAAGCGAUAAAUACAUGCGUGGGAAUUCUUUGUGUUCGUUAAUUGUUUUAUUGUCUAAUAUUGAAUGCAUCGACUCGAGGAACGUUCGUUUUUCUAAAUUAUGUACUCUUUUCUCUAAGAUUGUAGCAUUGUUAAUAGAGGCAUUGUGUCCUGUGCUUUCUGCGUGGUCUUUGAUUGCUGACUUAAUCUCCCGUCUUACGCCUGGUUUGUGUUCUGCCCAACGUGAUUUCCACGACCUCUUACUUUCUCCAACAUACUUAAAUGAGCAAUCUGGACAUUCAAAUUUAUAAACAAUGCCUUUAAUCUCCGUGAUCUUCUGCUUGUCUUUUGGUUUACCAAAAAUGUCCCCUAAGCUUGGCAUGGGUUUAUAUAUUGUCUUAAUACCAGCACUUUUAAGCAGCUGUUUUAUCUGUUCUGAUAUGCCUUUCAUGUAUGGAAUACAAGAUAACCCUUUAAUUUCCGGUUCGUCAUUAGUGUUGGAAAACGACCUGCUGGAACUUGUCUGGAAGAUGAAUUUCUCUGGAUAUCCGUUGAGCUUUAAUUCUUGGACAACACACUCUUUUUCUUGCUGUUUUUUAUUGUCAGUAGAAGGAAUGCUGUCGGCUCGAUCAAGUAAGGUCUUAACUACGGCUCGUUUACUUUGGGUGGGAUUAUGAGAGUGAAAGGAUAGAUAUUUAUUGGUAUGUGUAUCCUUACGGUAUACACUUACUUCAAUGGUACGGUUUUUAAGAAUUGUAAUGUGGGUAUCAAGGAAAGAAAUUGCUUCACCGUGGUUUGAUUCUGAUGGCAAUUCAAUUGUAAACUGAAUGUUUUUGUUGAUAGUGUUCAGGUGGGUGUGGAAUUGUUCAAUGUCACUUUUGCGUAGACAUGAAUUGGAGUCGUCAACAUACCUUCGCCACCAGCGUACUGGGACAGGUGACGUGUUGAUGGCAAUUGACUCUAUCUCUUGCAUUACUAUCUCAGCUAUGACUGCACUAACAGGUGAUCCCAUGGCGCAUCCUGACUUCUGAUGAUAGUGUGUCUCAUUGAAUUUAAAGUAACAAUUGUUAAGUAGGAAUUUUAAUAGUUUCACAACUUGUUCUUCUUUCAGUGCUGUAUGUGACUUCCAUGAAUCAGUUUCUUUAAGUUUCUUUUGUAUAAUAUGCAAGGCAAACGGAACAGGUAUGGAUGUGAAUAAGGACACAACAUCAAAAGAGACGAUCGUUUCAUCCGUCCCUAACGUUUGACUUUUGGCAAAAUCAACGAAUUCUUUCCCAUUACUUAUAGAAAACUCGUUUUUUGCGCAAAAGGUCUUUAACAAUUUUGCAAGGUAUUUUGAUAGGGAAUAUGUAGGUGAACCAAUGUUGCUGUUAAUUGGACGUAAAGGAAUGACGUCGUGGUCUUGGUUGCAGAUGAGAGACACUUUAUGGACUUUUGGCAAACCAUAAAAUGUAGCAGGGGAAGAAUCAAAAGCUCGUAGCUGCCAAUAUUCUCUAUCAGUUAUGUUUCCCGAGCGUCGAAGCUCUUUCAGUAUACUCUCUAAGUCAGUUUCCGUCCGUUUGGUGGGAUUUCUUCUCUUAUCGGUGAUGCGUGUAUAAACUGUUUGAUCUCCAAGCAUCUCGUUUACUUGUUCAGUAUAUUUUGCCUUAUCCAUUAUAACCACAGCAUUUCCUUUGUCAGCUUUUGUUAUGAUAAUCGUGUCCUCUGACUUCAAGUCUUUAACUGCUUUCCUUUCGCCCCGAGUUAAAUUCUGUGUUGAGAGGGGUUUAGCAUGUUUCAAAAUUGAGAAGACGCCAGCUCGUAUGUCGUUUUUUGCUUCUUCUGUAAGAUCCUUGAUACCUUGUUCAACCGACGCUAGUAUUUCUUUCUUUGGUACACGUCUCGGAGUUCCGACAAAAUUUAGACCCUUUCUUAACAAAUCUAUUUCGUUGUUGGACAAAUUUCGCUGUGAGACAUUAACGACCCAUUUGUUCAUAAUGCUAUGUUCACUGUCUGAUGUUGAACGCCAGCGUGACUUUUUCUCGUGUCUUUCUAUAAUAGUGCUUCUCAAGUGACCACACCGACUAGAGAUUGCUUGGUCCAACUUCGAUAAGAUCAAUGAUACUAGCCAAACAGAGAAAGUCUGUCAGUGAUUAUAAAAUUUUGGAUUUAGUACAUAGUAUUCGGUGAUUAUAGUCAGGCUUUAGCCUUUUUCUUGGUCUUUAUUAAUUAUUAUAUUUUCCUAAUAUACUAAAUCUAUAUAUCACAAACUUACAGCCGGUGUCAGACGCGCACAGACUGUCAUACGAAUAAACAUAAAUUUUCGAGUUUUUUACUUCUACUAACAUUUUUAAAGUUUUCAUUGUGAAUCAUCUGUUUAUUUCUAGUUCAUUAGUCAUUAAUAUGCUCUAAAAAACAAGGUUCUCAAAUAUAUUUGUAUAUUUAUUUGAUAGUGUCAUAUUGAUAUUUCGAUUUACAAGCAAUCCUGGAUAUGAUAAAGACGAUACAAGCUGUCCAUUAAAAAAUAACGGUAUUCUAUUCCACAAAGCAAAACAUUUAAGUCUCACUUGUAUUAUUAAGAAUAUAUAUAAAGCAAAAAAUUUAAACUUGUGUGAGUUGUUUCAAAACGAAAGCUGUUUAUAAAAUUUAUAAAUGUUGUAAACACUACUAUUAAUAUAAAGUGCCCAUUGAAAGACAUAAUAUAGUAUACUGCAUGUCGUUUGACUUAUCUUUGAUGUAUGAUUUUAAUACUGUAGAUUUUCAACAGACAGCUAGACUUUAACAUAUACCAUGAUUGUUGAGUUUCAGCAAUGCCAAGGGCCAAUGCAGGAAGUUUUAUAAGCUUUUAUAGUCAACUAUCUGGAUACAGUUGGCGUCUUGGCGAUAUUUCGGAAAUCAAAAGAUCUCGCUAUUUCGUUGCAAUUCCAUGCCACAUCUCAUCAAUAAAUAAAUUCUUUUGGUUCGAGUAUCUAGAUAUACUUUACUAACAGUUAAAUAAAUGAAUAACCACAUUGUUCGGUCUAGAUAUAUAUAUAUAUGUUUUCUUGUACUGCUUUAUAUUGCCACGCCGUCCACGCGAGCUUUCUCAGUGACAAGUCUAUAAGUUGAAAUCUGAUCCAACUUGCUUUAAUUGUAACUCGACACUAGAUUAAAGAGUAGAAAGUCACAUCACGAUAAAUAUUAAUUUUUAAUUGCAGUUCUUUUCACGAAUAAUCACGAUUUCUUUGAAGAUUCAAUGGUUAUUGUUUAUAUAUUUAUAGAGCGAGCUAAUUAAUUGUGACAAUAUAUACUCACUCCCCCAACCCUAGUAAACAAUACGCCAUUUUACGCAAAAUCCGCGGGUCACGUCACAGGCCAUACCAGGCUAUUUCGCUCCCCAAGAGCAAAUACCCUGGGUACGAGGUUGUCGUUGCACUUACUUAAUUAUGCUCUGGAUAUCCAUUGAGCACUCUGCCAAAUGUUUUUGUAAACAACGAAACCUAAUUAUAUAUAUAUAUAUAUAUAUAUAUAUAUAUAUAUAUAUAUAUAUAUAUAUAUAUAUAUAUAUAUAUAUAUAUAUGCUGCCAAUAUGUACAUGCAGGAUGUACUACAACCAAAAAGUGUCUUUUUCAUUGUAUGUUUCUACAUCAAUUACCUCGCACAAUUCUAUCUUACAUCUCAUCUUAUAAAAAGUGCACUAUAAAGUAUAAACUGGGUGUUAACGUGUCUAUACGCGUGGAACGUGUAUCGUGGGUUAACUGUAAAAUGAAUGUUGUUGAAGCAGCAUUAAUAGCCUAAUGUUCUUUGAAGAAGAUCUUCUAUACAACAUUUAAGUUCUGUUUAAUCAGCAUUUGAACUUUCGUUUAGCCUAGUGACUUAUUUCAAUACAUCAAAACAAUCGCGCCUUCCCUCAUGUAAACAGCCCCUAUGACGCCUGUUGAGGAUCGGAGGUAGGAAAAUAUCAAACACCUUGCACAAAGUCAAAGACAGUUAAAUGUUCUAAUUCUACUUUCUUGGCACGACUUGACAAUUUCCAUUAUAUGUCAACACCAUUAAACUAUUCAACUAUUCAACAACUAUUCGAUCGAGUGAGAUGCCAGCAAUAUCUUGAUGUUUACUCAUAAUAUCGCAUCAUAUUUGCUUAUUUAAAUGCAUGCUUACUAGUUACUCCAGUUUACUCGUAUAAAAAGGCGUAGAUCUUAUAUAUGCUAUGGUGGUUACUCGCGUGUGUAUAUGUAGUUCAACACGUUUUCCAGAUACCGUUCAGUUUUCAGGUCCUUUGUUGAAGAAUGAGAUCAAGGGUUGUAGAAGAACUGCAGGUAUAACACGUGCUAUUUCAUAAAAAAAGUUAACUAUAUUGACACAGAAAUUACGGGAACGACUGAGUAUUUUAUUAAAAUAUAAAACAACGGUAACUCCGAAUAUAAGCAUUUUAAUAUUCUAGCUUUCGACAUAGUCGAAAGCUAGAAUAUUAAAAGGUUUAUUUUCGGAGUCGCCGUUAAUUUGUUUAUAUUAUAUUGACACAGGGUGCGUAAAUUAGUCAACUGUUUUGUAUUACAUCAACUGAAACAUUACAAUUAAAAUCACAAAUAAUGUUGGCCUCGUUAACGGCUCAAUUUUAUUCUGCAUGCACCGAUAUUUGUAGAAGAGUUCGACUGAAGCGUUAGAUAGCCUCUAUCAUGUUAAUACCAGAAAUGGUUUAACUUCUUUUUUUUUUUCAUUUUAAAACACAGAGGCUCAAGGUCAUCAUUAUUUAAAUUUAUCACAUUUUAAUUAAAUCGAAUUGCAUUACCAAUAUAAAUUGCUACUCCACAGGCAUAGGGGCGGCGCGGGGGGGGGGAGUGAUUUUGCCGUCUGAUUGGUAAUUUCACCGAGUCAUUAGCCUAUAGUAAAUGUGUAUGUUUAGGGUAUGGGCAAUGAAAAUUGCUUCAUCUAUCUUAUUGCUUCGUCUGAAAGAGUAUGAAAAAAUAAGCCGAUUGGCCGUUUAAUGCUCUAUUCUAUCUCAUCUAGUUCCGAAGUUAUACGCAAAAAUGUGCAAAAUAUAAAAUGCUGAUUCAGCACAACGUGUGACGUCAUUAGCUGGGUAAGUAUGUUUAUUGAAUAUUACACUGAAGCAUAGCUCAGUUAUUAUGGGCCCAAAUCAAAUGAAAUUUUGGAUACUGAUUGUACAUAAUGAGACGCAUGGAAAAACACUUCUGAUUUUGUUGCCAAGGUAACAAUGUCGUUCCCAGGCCCCUUGCGCCAAUUUUAUAAAACAGCUUUAUUCAAGGUACUGAUAAAAAUAAAAUAAUAUCAGAAGUAUGUGUACGAUACCUAUGCAUGCCGAAAGUUUACUUGCAUGAUAAUAAUUCGAAAAUGACAUACACAUAGAGAAAUGUAACUAGUUAUUCAAAAUCAGUGUAAGGGGCCUGGGAACGACCGUGUUGCCUUGACAACGAAAUUAGAAGUAUUUUCCCAUGCGUCUCAUCAUGUACUAUCUGUAUGCAAAAUUUCAUUUGAUUUGAGCCAAUAAUAAAUCAGCUAUGCUUUAGUUUACUAUUCAAUAAACAUACUUACCCAGCUUAUGACGUCACACAUUGUGCUGAAGCAGCAAUUUAUAUUUUGCACAUUUUUGCUUAUAACUUCGGAACCAGAUGAGAUAGAAUAGAGCAGUAAACGGCCAAUCGGCUUAUUUUUUCAUGCUCUUUCAGAUGAAGCAAUAAGAUAGAUGAAGAAAUUUUCAUUGCCCAUACCCUUUAAAUGCGCUUUAUUAUACCCUCUAUUAAACCGGUUUUAACGAAUUUUUCCGCGCAAAACGACCUUUUUCCUUUGUCGGCAUCCAUUUUGCUACGUCUUACUGACGUAAUAAGUGAUACCGACGAAUGACUAUUGACUCUUUUAUAGAACGGUAAUAAGCAACAACAACAACCACCAAACAAAUUUAAUUACCAAUAAGCAAUUAUUCAAUUAUUCAGGAAAUCAAUUUUGGUUUCUUCAAUGGUUAUCUUUAACCAAUCCAGUUUUGCCGACUGAGAUAACAAUUUGACGAUUUCAUUCGCACCAAUAUUUAAAUAAGCAAUUUUGACCACCACCCCCUGUAAGCCUUUAUCUGUCGCGUCGAAAAGUAUUACAGUUUUUUAUUGCCAGUUUUGAAUUUUAUAUUAUUGACUAUAGCCUAAUUUAUUAAUUUACCUCCAAAAAAUCAACAAAUUGAUAAUUCAUAUAUUUAUAAUAGCAGAUGAAUAUGAUUGGAUAACUACCAAUAUUUAAAUAAGCAAUUUUGAUAGCCUUAAUUUUCUGUAAUCCAAAAUCGUACUACUUAUAGAAUUUGCAGCGUCGGAUUAGUGCUGUCCAAGGAAUUGUAAAACAUAUUUGAAUUACCUAUGCUAACUAAUCAAUUGCUUGCUCAAUGAUACGUAUAAUGUUAUUGCCACAACAGAAGUACGCUUCUACGAUUUAAGUGAUGCCUCUACCAUUUAAAGUGCCCCUGUCACAAAAUGAGAGUUUACAUCAUUAGAAUCGUCUUGAAACGUAGAUUAUGAAAAUACAAAACAGAUUUAAAAUUGAGCUUGUUUUCACAGAGUAAUAAGGCAAUGAAAUUUGAAAAUUUCAAAUUUUAACGGCAAAAGUUUUUGAAAACCGCGAAGCUGGGAAAUUGGUAACUAAUACGUCAUAGUAGGAAGACAUUGCCUUCUCGCCUAAGUGAAAAGUAUAUAAAUACUAAGUGAGAAUCACAAUCAAGCUGGUCAAAAUUCGAUACAAAUGUCUUCGUGGAGUUCAGAUACGGAAAAUAACAGUUACCAAAGCGAUGACUGCCUGAAAUUAUAUUCCUGGGCCGUAUCAAAUCGAGUGAAAUCGAUGAAAACACCAGUGAAGCGUGGUCAACGUCGUGCGCACAAAUGAUCGGCGCUGCUUGAUCCAUAUGUUAAUGAACCAUGCAGUGACCGACGAAUAUGGCUCAAACGUUACCGCGAAAAAAAGCAAUCACAACGAACGUCUUAAGCAAUUACAACAAAGGCUUGAUAGUUCAGAAGAAUUGAGUAAAUGGUAAAUAUUUCACUCUGAUUUUGUUGCGUGACUUGACCUUGUGUUGUAAAUUACAAACUAUAAUAUUUCAUGUGUAAACAUGGCAAUUGUCGCAUUGAACUGCUUCGUAAAUUAUGCUAAAGAGUGUCAAUGUUGUAUGGAAAUUGAGGAGUGCGUCGAUUCUCUACACAAUGACAUUGUGAUUUGUGAUGCAAGAAGCUGAAGUCGCGCCAUCAUGUAUAAUUCAACAGCUAUGGCUAGAUAAGUGAGCUCUCCGUUCAGCAGCCACGAAAUUACGAACAAGAAAGAAACAGGAAUACCGUCAAACAAGCACAGAAGAUAGGUAAAUAAAGUUUUAUUUAUCAACAUAUUGAAAUUAAGAAACACUUUACCGUACCCGAGUUUACUAUCAGUGAACACACGCAUGCGGUACGGUAACUGAGAGUUAUAUACGGUACAUACUGUACAAUUAUUGAAUUAUUAUAUAUUUACAUGUGUUCACAUGCAAGUAAGCGACUUAUUAAAAAUACUUAUUUAUUAAUUUAUAGAUUCUGAAGGAGCACAGCAUAUAGAAACUUUGUGUGGAUGGUUUAUGGACAACUAGGAAAUUUUUGCGCAUAUGAGAAAAUAAUGCCUGCUGUUGAUGAAGACUUUGUAGGAUUUGUAGAGAACAGCUCUUGAUAUUAUAUAACUAUUUUUCAAUAAAUAAACCUAUUACACUGUAUAAACGUGGUAAUAUUAUACUGUAUUGCGUAUAGAAACAGCACAUUUGCUAUAUUCAUGACUUCAAUACUGUUUUGCCAAAGAGACUGAAAUUUGAGAUUAAGAUUUGUUCUGAUGUUUUUCUGCACUUCGUGGGCGCGGGUUAAUUUGUACAAAGUGUUGCAGCACGUUUAGGAAUUUUUCUGACUUGUAUUUCGUUCCAGGCACUGCCUUAUACUAUAGCAAAUGUGGCAAUGACUAAGUUAUUUCAUUAAGUUGCUUCGAUGGAUUAUACUUUGUAAUACAUUUUAUAUACAUCCCCGCAGUGUAUCUGGUUUCAUGCCACAAUUUGUUACAAAAUCUGCAUAUUGUACGGGUUUUCACUGCGGUGCAAACACAACGAGUGUAUAUAUGUAUAAUUCACUGCGUCAAGUUUACUUAUACGUACAAUUCUACUUUCCCUGUCUAAACUAAAAUACAAACAGUGCACAUUGCUUGUAGACGUAAGAAAUUGGCUUUCAUCAGCUAUAUUUUGACAUAUUCACUCAUAGUCAUAGCUAUAUUGUCGCGAUAUUUUAUAUUUCUGGUGAAUCCAUUGGCUGUGGCUCAUUUAUAUUUAUCGCGCUUUCCAGUUUCGUGACUAUGACCAUAUUGGUUGACUGCAUCGAAGCAGCUUCUAAAUACAACCUAUUCAAAUAACGAAUUUGGAAUAAAAAUUCAUGAUAAACGAAAUUAGAGUAUAAAUUAUACAUAUACCAUUCUCUUGGCUCUCGCAGACAAAG